UUAGUACACUAUUGUUAGGUAGGUAGGUAUCUAGAUACUGCCUACAUAACUCCACAGUUUUGCCUAUACAUAUUUUGAGGAAAAAAUCAUUGCUACAUAAUGCAAGAUUACUUCGUAAUCCUUUAUUAAUUUUAGAAAUUAAUUGACGACACAAUAAGUAAUGGGACUGUGUUGUUGCAAAGAAAACAGACAAGAUGGGGAAGAUACAUAUGCUCCACCUGUGGCCUCCACUGCCGCUUCGGUGAGUUCUGUGGAGCCUCGGGGCCAUAUGCCAAAGGUGGUAGAUUCCGUCAUUGUUGACCAUCUGGUGCUCGAAAUGCUCACUUUGAUUGCUUCAUUUGUUGACAAUGACGAAGAAUCGCCAGUAUCAUUAGUGAAGCUGCACGUUAUAGCAGACAAAGAGGACGGGUGGAUCCAGGUGGUUUCUUCGAUGGUGAACGUGAUCCCGCUGGAAAACCCCUUCGGCCCGUCGGCUAUCACCAUUCUGUUCGAUGACUGCCCGUUGCCGUCCAAAGAGUCAGUUAUUAGGGCGACUCAAUUGUUCGGGCUGUCGUCGGAGCGCGCCAACACCGGCGAGUUGAACGUCAGGGUGGAAAGAAACAUCUGCGUGGUGCUCGGUUGCAUCGCGGAGAAGCUGGCCGGGCCCAAUAGCGUCGCCGUGCUGACGCCUCUCACCCUUGACUAUCUGCUCACAUUCCUGAUAACGCGUCGCGAGGCGUGCAUAGUUCUGUUCGCUUUAAUCGCUCUGGAGAAGUUCGCAAGCACGACGGAGAACAAGCUGACAAUAAAGAACCGGUUGGAACAGGAGCCAGUGAAUCCGCUGUUGGUUCUGGAGUCGUUGGCCGCAGAUGAAGACCCAAUGUGGCGGCAAGUCGGAUUCUGUGCCAAAUGGGCGCUCGACAAUUUGUUUAUUAUAGAAGACAGAAAAUUGUCAUAUGAAUUAGUGGACAUGUCUGGCAUCAAUGUCAUACUAAACUCACACGACGUUAGUGAAUAUCUGAAGAUAUCCUGUAACGGUUUAGAAGCGAGAUGUGAUUCGAAUUCGUUCGAGAGUGUCCGCUGCACGUUUCAAGUGGACCAGGGAUGCUGGUACUACGAGUGUGUCAUCGUCACGCCCGGCGUCAUGCAGAUCGGAUGGGCCACCAAGAACAGCCACUUCCUGAAUCACGAAGGGUACGGCAUUGGGGACGAUUUAUACUCGUUGUCGUACGACGGUUGCCGGAAGCUGGUCUGGUACCAGGCGCGGCCGACGUCCGUCAACGAGAUGGCGGCGUGGCGGCCCGGCGACGUGCUGGGCUGCCUCAUCGACACCAACUGCCGGGAGGUCAUCUUCUCCCUCAAUGGCGUCAGGCUCCCGCCCUGCAAAGAUAUAUUCGACACCAUCAGGACGGGUUUCUUCGCGGCGGCGAGCUUCAUGGCGUUCCAGCAGUGCCGGUUCAACUUCGGCAGCGAGCCUUUCCGGCACCCGCCCACCGACCGACAGUUCGAGGCCUUCAACGACCACGGCUUCCUCACCGACGAACAGAAAAAGGUUGUGCCCCGUAGGAUAUACUUGGAACAACUCAGGUGUUCGAGCGUGAAGGAGGACUGUUGUACCUUAUGCUUCGACGACACUGCCUGCUGUGUGCUAGAGCCCUGCGGGCACAGAGGUUUCUGUUCAUUAUGCACUUCGCAACUGAAAGAGUGCCCGAUGUGCCGAGCGGCCAUUUUGAAUAUCCAGCGAGAGGAAACAUGACAGGGUAGUUCUCGCUCUCAGAGCGAGUCAGCCAGCCCCAACAUAACCCUGGACGAGUCCCCCACGCCCACCCGGGAGCACACCCCGUGCGCCGACGAACUCGAAGACCAGGUCCAUGACCUCCGGCCGCGAGACCUCGUAACCGCCUUCAGGUAUCAGCUAGGUUAGAUUUCUAAUAACCAGUUAUUAUUUUAAGUCAACAAAGUUAUUAUAUCUUAUAGCCCAGCGAUCGUCAAAUCAAUGUAAAAUAAUAAUUCGAUUGUGUACAAUUAUAACGCUUUUAGUAUACCUCUCGCUCAACAAAUCUUCACGGCAACAAAUAUUCGUACGUGUGCGAGUGAACAGCAAUCAUUGCGCUUUCAUAUCAGGCAGUAUAUUAUUAUUAUUAUAAUAUUUUAAGAGAACAAUAUAGUACGAACAUUUAAACAACUCAUUUGUUUAAAAAUCAUCCCGUUAGAAUACAUUGAUUUUAUUCAAUGAGAAAAUUGUCCGAUUAAUUGUAAAUAAAUCGGUGAACGCGCUGUUUAAUUAUUAUUUUUUUAAAUUUUAGUUCUACACAACAACAAAAAAUUGGUAUUAAAAUAAUGUAGCUGUUUUGACGUUAACUAUUUUAGUAUUUUAAAAAUAAUUUUCUAAGUACAAUCGUAAUCAACGUAAUAAGCCUCCAUUUUUAUAGCGUGCAUCCGCCCUUAACCUGAUAUUUGUGUUAGCGACUAAAGAUCAACUUAGAUUUCGAGUAUGUGACUGAGAUUGUUGACAAGAGCAACAUAACAAAAAAAAUGUUUGCUAAAUCUCGGAUUCAUUUGUCUGCGGUAUUUAAAAAUCAGAAUGCCGUGGGCUAUUUAUGUUUUCUUAACAUAUUUCCAGAAAUAUUAGGCACUAAAAGUGGAAAUACUCGAAAAAUGUUAUCAUCUUUGGAUCUGUUGCCGCUGUUGAGAUCAGACUGAAAUUGUACUUGUAAUUCAUGCAUUUAGUUAGAAUUUUUUAAAUAUUUCGUAUAUAAAGGCAUGCAGUCCUCAAUUCUAGUAACAGACAAUCCGAUUUUACCGAAUCCCUAAAACGACGUAGGUAUUCAAAAGAAGUAGGAUUGCCUUUCUUUUCUAUUAAUUCUGUCAGUCAGCGAGAGUCUAAUUGAGUCCUCUGUUACUAGUAUUAUAUAGCGAAAAUAUUAAUAUACGAACUGUAUUUACCAUAUUUAGGUAUUUUUAGUUAAAUGGGUCGAUAUGUUUAGAAUAUUAUUAUUAGUUAAUCUUAUUUUAAUUGUUUUAAACAAAUUUAUAAUUAUUGUUAACUAAAAAAAGUCUAAAACUAUUAUGACCAGUAUUAUAGCUGUGUGAAUAGGUCACAAAUCGCCAUUGGCGUGGUAGUUUUGUGAUACAACGACUGGCUUCCGAGUGGUUCCAAUCAGGUCCUAAUUUUAUUUUUGAUAGAUUGUAAUAUUAGGGGACGAUGUUCAUGUUAUAUUCGAUGUUACGAGACUACGAUUUAGUAUUGUUGUUUAUAUGCUAAGUUAACUUUAAGCGUUAAGCGUGGUAUUAAUAUAAACAUUGAUGUAUAGAUAUUCAAAAAAUAUCCGAGAAGUCAAGCCAAUACCACGUCUGCUAUUACCCAUAGACAACAUUCAAUGUUUAUGGCGCCAUGCUUACCAAAGGAAAAUAAAAGAACUUACAAAUACGGAUAGUGUUGGGUUCACACCCAACACUAUCCAAGUUGGUGUUUCAACCAAAAUACUCAAAGCUGUAAAUGAACAUAUAUGUCAUCAUGUUAGUCACUUAAUAAACCUUAAUAUAGGAGCUGGUGUUUUCCCUCAAGACUUAAAAACUACCAUAAUUAAACCUUUAUUU